CCUGGUGAGGAAUACCGGUGGGUUUUUUCUACUUGAUAAUUUUAGAGUUCAAAUAAACAGCAGUAAGUCAAGAUUGGAAAAUUUUGACAAGGAAGCUUUAACUUUUUGCCCUCCUCCUCUCUGCAUACAGAAACACGUGCAUUCACACUCAUGUUGUUUAUGCAGGAGAGAUGAAGCCCUGUCUGUUUUUUUGUUACUACAAACACUUGGUCAUGGAGCCCUUUUUUUGCCAGGUGGUACCACCCCGCCCACUCCAAUUCCCUUCUCUAAAUGGGAGGUUUUAUUUUCCCCCCUGGAUUCAAGUCCACACGGACACCUCGCACCCUUCCUUUUUUAGACAAAAUCUUACUUUCCUCUUUUUUCUACUUGUUUCUUGUUUUUGUGUGGAAAAUCCCAGUAAAGGCUAAUGAUGAAUGUUAUUCUGUCAUUCACAUGACCACUAGAAAUACCGAGUCAGUGAAGAACUUACAUUAGUUUUGCAUUAUGUUCAGCUGUUGUCCUGGAGAGAGCAGUACAUGCUUUGGCUGAUCAUUUGACUUUGUUUUGAAAUUUUCUUUUACUUUGGUGUAUGAGGUUUCUGGUUCAUAAGUACUUUGUUUUUUAAUGGUAUGAUCUAAUUUCUACAAGCUAAUUUUGGACUACAAGAAAAAGCCUGUUAAUUUUCAGCUCAGUUGGGGAGUUCAAAAGGAACAAUUCACCGAUUGCUAAAUGAAAAUGCAGAAAUGCAAGCAGGGAGAACGUGCAAUGAUCUGUGAAACCCUGAGGACCUUGCUCUGCUUCUGAGAGCUUGUAGAUAAUGGACCUGUGGGGAAGAGAUCGUGUUCUUGUGUAUUUUAAUAUUCUGACUUCUGUUUUUGUAUGAAGGUAAGAUGUUGUUCCGUUCAGACUGUACACUGAGGCCACUGUCCUUUCACCUCUGUGACUACAAGAGGGCCUAUUACAGUAGUAAAGGUCUCUUGCAUUGGUAGGGAUGGGAAAAAUAGGAGCUACAACUUUGUAUCUGCACCUGAUAUAUCUUUAUGCACGUCAGUCUUCUUUCAGACAGAACACGAACCUGGAUAGCUGAUGGGGCUGUGGUCCAACUUUGGAAGAUGUUGAGUGUGAUGUUAGACAUCUCUGAGGUUUCUUUUGAGUGUUAUUUCACCAGAUUAUUUCCAAACAUCUCAUUUCACUGCAGAGACUGCUGUGAGGGGAAGCAGGAAAAGCAGAGACUGAAAACGAAGUGCUUUUGCAAAGAGCUGCACCAAGUAGAGUCAUCUAAAAGGACAGCUGAACUGGAUCUGGCUGCCUGUCAGAUAAUGCCAAAAUCAGAGAUCAUUUACCAGAAAACUGGAUCUGAAACAUUAGGUAAAACUAUUUGUAUCAUAAUUUCAGAACAUAAAGAACUGACAUGGGGGAUGUUUAUGUAGUUGAAUUACAACAUCUCCUGAACAGAAGCUAUGAAAUAUUUCAUCCUCAUACAAAUUUUAAAAGCAAACAAAAAACCACUACUAAUGCAGUUAUUCUGUCCUCUGGUAAGCCAGAGUGGGCCUCUGUUCACUUCAGCUGUUCCCAAGUCUCUGUCAGUGCAAAUGUGACUGAAAACCAACCUCAGUUUUCUCUGUUGAUAAUUUCUCAUGAAUCCAUAUGAAGGAGAUGAGCAGCGUGGCAGGAGGCUGCAGGAAGAGGCAGUAUGUGUUCAGUUCAGACCUGAGGAGGGGGCAGGUAUGGUUUGGUGAAGGAGGUUCCCCUGGAAGAUGGUUGUGAGGCUUCAAGGGGCACUUCUGCCAGGGCAGACCACACGCAGUUCCUGGUCCACCUCGAAGCACUGCAGCCAGAAAACAAGGGUGCCACGGAGCUGCUCUGGCUCUGUUUCAGGGUAUUUUAACCUUAAAAGAUUGAGGCCCUUGUUCUUCUGCUGUGCCCACCCUGCAAGGACCACCGCCACCCUGCAGGCAGAGGCGAGCAGAGCCCUCGAGCCUGGUGCUGGGUGGCUGCAGGGACAGAGCCUCCAGCAAGGGCUCGCCAACAACUGCUCGUGUGUGCGCUGGCCUGGCAGGGUGACGGAUGCCUAACGGCUCUGCUGCCUAUGGGGUUUUAGGCAUAAAUUUGAGAGGGUGGAGCUGCCUUCAGGAGGAGGUGUGCUCGAGAAGUCAGUGAGAGUGAGUCUCUGCUAGGCUUUGCACUCUCUCUAUCCGCUUGUGAAGGAUUAUUAUUUUUUUUUUUACCUUACUGGACAAAGUUUUUAUACCAGUGAAAUUUCCAAGUUGUUUCGUGCUUUGAAGAGUUUAAGAAUUCCUGACAACGCUUUUCCUGAGGGAAGCCAUGCCCUACCACAGAAUCCUUCGCCUGGUCCUGCUAAUGCUGUGUGGCAUCCUGCUCCCUGCGGUGCUGGCAGCAGAGUACCCGCAGGGCCCGGUCCCCACGCUGUGGAAUGAGCCGCCUGAGCUGCCCUCCGGAGCCGGCCCCUUCGAUGCCACCACCACCACCGCCCGGCUCUCAGACGCCACCGCCUUCCCCCCCUACACCUCCGAGCUGGAGCCCGAGGACACCACCCACCUGCACCGCCUGGACACUGGGGAUGGCUCGCUGGGGCCUGGAGCUAUUGGUGCCAUUGUCAUCGCCUCCCUCCUGGGAACAUCUGUGCUUGUGGCCUUGGUUGUCAUCACGCUGAGAAAGUUCUCUGCCUCCUGAACUCAAUAAAAGAUGUUUCUGUAACACAA